GCACGGUCCUCGCUGCCACCGCCAGCGCUCCGCCCGCCUCCGCCGUUUUCUCUCUGCCUGAAAGUCGGGUGUCUUUUAUGAAUAAUCAAAAGCCACAGAAGCCGACGCUAUCGGGACAGCGUUUCAAAACCAGAAAAAGAGAUGAAAAAGAGAGGUUUGACCCUACUCAGUUCCAAGACUGUAUUAUUCAAGGUUUAAGUGAAACUGGCAGUGACUUGGAGGCAGUAGCGAAGUUUCUUGAUGCAUCUGGUGCAAAACUUGACUAUCGCCGCUAUGCAGAAACACUUUUUGACAUCCUGGUGGCUGGUGGAAUGCUGGCCCCAGGUGGUACCCUGGCAGAUGACAUGACACGCACAAACGUCUGUGUAUUUGCAGCACAGGAAGACCUAGAAACCAUGCAAGCAUUGCUCAGGUUAGUUUUUAACAAGCUAAUCAGGCGUUACAAGUACCUGGAGAAAGGCUUUGAGGAUGAAGUCAAAAAGUUGCUGUUGUUCCUGAAAGGGUUCUCAGAGUCUGAGCGGAACAAACUGGCCAUGUUGACGGGUAUUCUGCUAGCCCAUGGAACACUUAAUGCAUCAAUUCUCAACAGUCUUUACAAUGAGAACUUGGUUAAAGAAGGUGUUUCUGCAGCAUUUGCCGUCAAGCUGUUCAAAUCAGGGAUAAAUGAGAAAGAUAUUAAUGCAGUGGCUGUCAGUCUUCGUAAAGUAAACAUGGACAACAGGCUGAUGGAACUCUUCCCAGCCAAUAAACAAAGUGUGGAACACUUUUCCAAGUACUUUACUGAAGCAGGACUGAAAGAGCUUUCAGAGUAUGUUCGGAACCAGCAAAGCAUAGGAGCUCGAAAGGAGCUACAUAAAGAACUUCAGGAGCAGAUUCACGGAGGAGAUCCAUUCAAGGACAUAAUCUUGUACGUGAAAGAAGAGAUGAAGAAAAACAAAAUCUCAGAACAGACCGUGGUAGCCAUAAUCUGGUCAAGUGUAAUGAGCACAGUGGAAUGGAACAAAAAGGAGGAGCUGGUAGCAGAGCAAGCCAUUAAGCACUUGGAAGCAAUACAGCCUCUACUUGCUGCCUUUACUACAGGUCAGUCAGAGAUGACUCUUCUGUUGAAGAUUCAGGAGUAUUGUUAUGACAACAUUCACUUCAUGAAGGCCUUCCAGAUAGUAGUGCUCUUCUAUAAAGCUGAAGUUCUGAGUGAAGAACCCAUCCUGAAGUGGUAAGAUGCACAUCUUGCAAAAGGAAAGAGUGUUUUUCUGGAGCAAAUGAAAAAGUUUGUUGAAUGGCUCAAGAACGCUGAAGAAGAGUCGGAGUCUGAAGCUGAAGAGGGUGACUGACCUGUGAAACUGUCCUCAGCAAAGCAAACAGGAGCUGUACAUACCUUUCAUGUCUCAUGUGUCCUUCUGAUUAUUACAUCCUACCCAUCCCUGUAUCAAGCAUGAUAUAAGGGCUCUCAUGGCAAUUAUUUAACUGUUUUCUAUAGUUAUUGAAUAUGGGUUUAGGUUUUAAAACUGUGUUAGAAGUAGGUUACAGGAGCUAAUUCUAGAUUUGAAUCUAACCUGCAUUUGUCCUUUCUGUUCUAUGCUACCGUCCUGUUUUUUCUACUGUAAUGUCAAAUUUAAGGCCUUCCACAAUGAAAUCCAUGCAAUCCUUGGGUUGGCCAUCUCUGUUGGAGAAGGAGGCAUCUGAUGAAUGAGAGAUGAAUGGCAGUUCUGUUGACAAAUUAAACUGCCAAAAGCCUCCGAAGGAAGGGGGGCCCACGUGUUCUGUAGUGACUUGCUAUUGAGGCUUCAGUCUGUACCACUUGCUCCAAAUAAGAGGCAGUUGUCCGUCUCCCCAGGGACUUUGCCAUCUCUUUGCUGUGCUUCCAGCAUAAAGCAAUCCCCUGUUCCAGCUGGUGAGUGAGGUGGCUGCCAUACUCCUGGGAGAUCAGUGGUCCUAGUGGACAGAACCUGGUCUAGUGGGUGAGCAGUAACCACAGUGAGGUAUGAAGAGGGGCCAUCCCUGAGCCUGCUGGCUGUCACAGCCGGUGGGCUUGCGUUCUGGAGGUGCUACAAGGCUGCCUUACAGCUAAGCAGUUCUGGGGGACGCCACCACUUCUGCUAUCAUGGCAGUACAAACAGCACUGUUCUACAUACAACUGCUGAAGAGCUUUCUUAAGCCCUGGCCUCUGCUCCAGCAAGGCUGGGGCAGGGCAGGGCAGCGCCUUUUGCCCCUGCUGCUCUAGAAACAGGACUCCAGCAGGAUUGCCUGGAAGGACAAGGCAGACAAAAUCUGACAUGGAUAGAUUUCAUGAUGCCAGGUGACACUGUUAAACCAAACAGCUUCUCUGCUCCCUGAGAUUUUGAAUUCUUAAUGUGAAAGCUCACAAACAGCUCGUAAUCCAAGAAAGAGCCUACUGGAAGAGAGUAGUCUAACUGCUGUACGCCAACAAUGACCAUUCACAGGAAUACUGGUAGCCAGAGCACUCUAAAAUUAACAAACGUAAUAAUUCCUUAUCACAUUGCAGUCUCUUUAAUACUUAGGGAUCUUCCUUACU